AUGUCUGCAUCCUUCGGAAACCACGUCUCAAUUGUUGUCUUUGGAGCCUCUGGCGACUUGGCCAAGAAGAAGACCUUCCCAGCGUUGUUUGGGCUCUUCCGCGAGGGCCAAUUGCCCUCGUCGGUCAAGAUCAUCGGUUACGCUAGAUCCGAAAUCGACGACGCUGACUUCAAAAAGAGAAUAUCCGCCCACUUCAAGGGUGGCGACGAGAACAAGAUCCAGGAGUUCUUGAAGCUCACCUCGUACAUCUCGGGUGGCUACGACUCUGAAGAGAGCUUCACCAAGUUAAAGGAGUCCAUCGAGAGCUACGAGGCCGAAAACGGGGUUGAGAAGUCCGAACGCUUGUUCUACUUGGCGUUGCCCCCAUCCACCUUCACCACCGUGGCCUCCACCUUGAAGAAGGUUGUCUACGACAAGAAUGGUACCACCAGAUUGAUUGUGGAAAAGCCGUUCGGUCACGACUUGGAAUCCUCCAGAACCUUACAGAAGGACUUGGCUCCUUUGUUCACCGAGGAGGAAUUGUACAGAAUCGACCACUACUUGGGUAAGGAGAUGGUCAAGAACUUGUUGGUUCUCAGAUUCGGAAACGAGAUGUUCAACGGGGUGUGGAACAAGGACCACAUCAAGUCCAUCCAGGUGUCCUUCAAGGAAGCCUUUGGCACCCAGGGCAGAGGUGGAUACUUCGACUCUAUUGGUAUCGUGAGAGACGUCAUGCAGAACCAUCUUUUGCAGGUGUUGACCCUCUUGACCAUGGAUAGACCAGUUUCCUUCGACCCUGAGGCCGUCAGAGACGAAAAGGUCAAGAUCUUGAAGGCUUUCGGCGAGCUCGAAACCGACGACAUCUUGUUGGGCCAAUACGGCAAGUCUGAAGACGGAAAGGAGCCUGGCUACUUGGACGACGAAACCGUCAAGAGCGAUUCUAAGUGUGUUACCUACGCUGCAUUGGGUAUUCAAAUCCACAACGAAAGAUGGGAAGGUGUUCCAAUCGUGUUAAGAGCCGGUAAGGCUUUGGAUGAGUCCAAGGUUGAAAUCAGAAUCCAAUUUAAGCCCGUGGCUAGAGGUAUGUUCAAAGAAAUCCAAAGAAACGAAUUGGUGAUCAGAAUCCAACCAGACGAAGCCGUCUACUUGAAGAUCAACUCCAAGAUACCUGGUAUCUCCACCGAGACCUCCAUGACUGACUUGGACUUGACCUACUCCACCAGAUACUCCAAGGACUUCUGGAUCCCAGAAGCCUACGAGGCAUUGAUUAGAGACUGUUACUUGGGUAAUCAUUCCAACUUCGUCAGAGAUGACGAAUUGGACAUCUCCUGGGCCUUGUUCACUCCUUUGUUGAACUACAUCGAAUCUGACAAGGCACCAGCUCCAGAAAUCUACCCAUACGGCUCUAAGGGCCCUAAGGGCUUAAGAGAUUUCUUAAAAAAGCAUGGUUACGUUUUUGCUGAUGAAGGCACUUACCAAUGGCCUUUGACCAACCCUACUGUCAAGGGUAAGAUUUAG